CAUUAGUAACUUGCCUUGACCUGACCUUCGAUUCGCUGACAACCAACUUUACUUCAUUGCUUGCUUGAUAUACGUGCUAGUCGUUGCGGCAGUAACCCCUCACAUUAUAGAUGAGUGGCUCCGACACAAAUUGAGGCCUGACAAGCUGAAAUCGAGAAAUGGCCGAGACUACUUCAGAUCAGGCUCAGCCACCGGUGAAUGGUGGCUCAGAUGUCCAUUCUGCCACCUCUGACUCGAAGCUUGAUGCUAGAGACGACAAGCGUCGUAGAGGAGCAGCACCUGUCAAAGAGGACUAUCUAAUCAAGGCACAAGAUGAUGUGCUGGAUCCAAAACCGACGGGGAACGAAGCUGACGAUGACGCUGCCGAAGCUUUUCAUCACCAGGACAGACAACCUGCUGGUCAAAUGUACUCAAAGAACAAACGUCGUGACAAAAAGACUGGACAGAACAAAGCUCGCGACUUUGGAAAUUCAAGAGACGAGGUAGGCUUAUGUUCUACUCGCGUCCACAAACCUGAAUUCUCGCCCGACCCGUGUACGUUCGGGGACAAAUGUCGUUACGAGCAUAACGUACGCAAGUACUUGCAGGAACACAAGCGUGAAGAUCUAACCACCUUCAAUGGUCUUUGCCCGGUCUGGGACACGAAAGGCAGGUGCCCCGUGGGCUGGAAAUGUCGUUUCGUCGGGUCUCAUUCGAAGGAGAUCGACCGAGGUGAUGGUCGGAAGGAACUUGUACUGCUAGAAGACGAAGAGCGAAUGGCAAAGUAUUCACAAACUUCGACCGAGGAGGAAGAGGCUGGUGUGGCGAAUAUCCUCACUCCUGAGCAACGGAUCCAAUUGACCAAGAAGAAAAUCUCAACUCCCAAGUCGGAUAAAUUCUUGAAGUGGCUCGAGUCGCAAUCUCAAAAUACCUCUGCUCAAGGGCGCGGGCGAGACAACAAAGUCGGGCCGGAUAAUGGCACAAUGCGCAACUCUUCGUCGCCAGAGCCUGGUCCUGGUCCAAUAGAAGCCGGUGGGGAGGCCAAAAGAGACGCCAGAGCGUCAUUCCAAGAUCCUCCGCUGCGGCCGUCCGAGAAGCGCAAAUUGUAUUUUGGAGUCGAGACGCCAGUCCUUGCUCCCUUGACAACUCAGGGCAACCUACCAUACAGGAGAUUGUGUAGCUCGUUAGGAGCAGUGUUCACCUAUUCUGAGAUGGCCAUGUCCUUACCCAUAUUGCAGGGCCAGAAAUCUGAGUGGGCGUUGAUGAAAGCACACGAAUCGGACGUGCAACCACCAACAUUCACAAUGAAGAACGGCGAGAACAUCGUGUACGACUACAAACAGAGUCAAGAUCUCUGCUUUGGGGCUCAGAUUGCUGCCAAUAAACCGUGGUUAGCCAUUAAAGCCACAGAAGUGUUGACAACCUUACUUCCAAAGGGUCUACGCGUGGUCGACCUCAACGUGGGUUGUCCCAUCGACCUGGUCUACAGAGACGGAGCAGGUUCAGCACUCAUGGACACACCUCCCAAGCUGGAGAAGAUGUUGCGAGGCAUGAACGCCGUCUCCGGCGAGACACCCGUCACGGUCAAGAUUCGUACUGGUACGAAGAACAAGCAGCCAACUGCGCAGAAGCUGGUAGAAAGACUUGUCCUGGGCAGCGAGCAGAGCGGACGUGUUCCUUGCGGCGUUGCAGCCAUUACACUGCACGGCCGAACAAGAGAGCAAAGAUACACGAAGUCGGCUGACUGGGAUUACAUCACCGAGACGGCGGCAUUGAUCAAGAAUCUCAAUGCGAAAUCGGACGCCCUGGCUGAUACUAUACACGAACCGGACGAGCGCGACCAACCCAAUGGACAUCAACGUUCAAGGAAUGGCAAGGUCUUUUUCGUUGGAAACGGUGACGUGUAUUCUCACGAGCAUUACUAUGACCACAUCAACCACGCAAAAGUAGAUGGAGUCAUGGCAGCCCGAGGAGCACUGAUCAAGCCUUGGCUUUUCGAAGAGAUUGCAGCAGGCCAAUACCUUGACAAGUCAUCGUCGGAAAGACUGCAAUUUAUCGAACGAUUCUGUCGGUAUGGUUUGGAAGCAUGGGGAAGCGAUGAGAUUGGUGUUGGACAGACUCGACGGUUCUUGCUGGAAUGGUUGAGUUUUGCAUGUCGCUACGUGCCGGUCGGAUUACUGGAGUAUCUGCCGCCCAACAUUCAAGAUCGGCCUCCACGAUACAGGGGCAGAGAUGAGCUAGAGACUUUGAUGGCCAGUGACAACUUCAAAGACUGGAUCAAGCUGAGCGAGAUGUUCCUCGGGCCUGCACACAAGGACUUCCGAUUUGAGCCCAAGCAUAAAUCGAACGCCUAUGACACCCAAGCAGAGGGAUGACCAACACGAAGACUACGAGAUACGCAAUAUGCCCAUCACCGGUUAUCAGCGGGUUAUCUUGAUGCUGCGUUGCCACGCAGGCAUGUAAUGUGUCUCAAA